AUGGCCGACCAGGACCCUUCACCCGCAGACAUCGCCCAGCGCGACAUCGAGGAGAAAGAGCGCAAGGCUCGUGAAAUCGCCGAACAGUCCCAGCUCCCUUACAAGUGGACGCAAACUAUCCGCGAUGUCGACGUGUCCGCUCCAAUCCCCGCCAACAUCAAGGGUCGUGAUAUGGAGGUCGUUCUGACCAAGACCAAGCUCAAGGUCGCCAUCAAGGGCCAAGCGCCUAUCAUUGAGGGCGACUUCCCCCACUCCAUCCUCGUCGACGAAUCUUCCUGGACCCUCGAGACAACCCCUACCCCGCCUGGCAAAGAAGUCAACAUCCAUCUUGACAAAGUCAACAAGGUCGAGUGGUGGCCGCACGUUGUGACAGGUGCGCCCAAGAUCGAUGUCACCAAGAUUCAGCCGGAGAACUCCAGUCUCGGUGACUUGGACGGUGAGACGCGUGCCAUGGUUGAGAAGAUGAUGUACGACCAACGACAAAAGGAAUCGGGUGGCAUGACUAGCGACGAACAGCGCAAGGCGGACCUGUUGAAGAAGUUCCAGGCUGACCAUCCGGAAAUGGAUUUCUCGAAUGCGAAAAUGGGCUAG